CUUCCUACUUCUCAGAGGCCUGACUCCACUCUAGACCGUAGUUGGGGUAAAAAAGUACGCAAAGUGGAAGAGGCAAGAUAUGUAGUGCAAGAAGAAAGACAAAAGGAGCUUGAUGAAACAGAGAAGCAUAUCCAAACCAGGAUCAUGUAUGAAGAAGGAACUCACCUCCUCACCUCUAUGGAAGACAAAAUCAGGGAGUGGGUAUUUCAAAAAAAAAAUGAAACUGGCAAAUUCCCUGAUUUGCCUGAAGAAGAGGAGGGAGGAUCUUCAGCCAUCGUGGGUCUGGUGCCACCAGAUGAGGAUGCCACCAGUGAGGAUGCACGGUCACUUGCAGAGAAAAAGAGUGAGCGAGAGAGGGUGAGAGAGCAAGCUAAGCAGAAGAAGAAGAAAGAAGAGGAAGAGCGUUCUAUCUGUUUGCGUCCCUCUAGCUAUAUGAUAGCUUUGCAGAUAGCAUGUGAUCAGUAUCAAGGAUUCCCCAGAGUGGAGCUGCCUCUGGCAUUUUACCUCUGCCAGCUUUUCCAUGGAAUGAUUAUCACUGUUUCUGUGUCAGAAACCCAUAUCUGUGUGUUGAACACAUAG